UUCGCAUUUAUAUGUAAGUGCCCUACAAAUUCAUUGACACAUAAAAAAUGAUGAAAUGAAUAACACUUCAAACUUAAUAUCGUUUCUUUAUUGUUUGAUCAAAUCAUGACGUAUUAGCAAGAGGGUUAAAUUUUAGCGGUUAACCAAGAUAAAAUUUUAGGGAACUACUCAUUUAUAGUUUGUAUAGAAUUAUUGCUUCAUGGUAGUUUUAAAAAUCAAAGUUAAUUUAAAAAUUAUAUAUUGGAUUUGCAUAUUCAAUACUGCAGUUCAAAAUGCAAUAUUCUAACUAAUGAUAUUUGAGCUGCAAUUUUAAGAUUUUCUUUCAUUAAUAAGUAAGAAAAAGUUCCGAAUUACUUAUUAAACUUCAAUUAAAAUAAUAAAAAAAUCAAAAUAUCAAACACCAUAGAAAUAUUUAUAGGAGAUUUGGUGGAUAGCUAAUUCUCCGCUUGUCAGAUGUUAGUUUAGUAUAUGUUUUUAAUUAAAAAAUAUAAAAAAAAAAUCUGUUUAGUGUAAUUGGUUAUAAUUUUUGUUUUUCUUUAAAGAAAUAUUGGUUCAAGUUUUGAUAUUAAUAUCUUUUUAUAUGAAAUAAAUAAAUAAUUUUGAAGACAAAAAUAUCAUUUCUAUUUCCAUUUUUGUUGCAUGAAAUUUGAAAUGGAACAAUAGUAAUAACUAAUAAGUGAUGAUAUUGCAAAUUAAUGUGUUUCAUUAUCCAACAUUUUACAAGUAAAUAUUGACAUUAUUUUGUUGUGAAUCAUCCACUCAAAAUGACGAUUAUGAUAUGGUUAUAUGUCAUGCAAACGAUGACAUAAAAAAAUGAGUGCAUAAAAAUAUAUAUAUAUAUAGUAAUGAAAUAGAUUUUAAUGUUUUUUCAGGCUGUCGCACUUAGCCAAUUUACGAAGGAAAAAAAAUAAAGAAGCAAAACAAAACGAAAUCCCUUCCUUCUUCCGUUUUCCUUUUUCUUCCACUACUUUUUUCAGAAGCCGUCUUCUCCAGGUUUCUCUUCUCUUCAAGCUUCGUACCGAUCCCUAAAACCGUCACCUCUUCUUCCCACAACCUUCCCGGCCAGUGGCGCGAUUGCCGCAAUCGCACAGCUUCUGAGUUUCCUGUUGCAAAUUUCUGCUGCGGGUGGAUGAUGAAUUCUACCCCUCCCGCGUUGCUGGACGCGCCGACGCUGACUCUCGAGGUCUGAUUCUCUCCAUAUUUGGAGGGCCCAAUCAUGUGGUUUUCCUUCUGGAGAUCCAGAGAUCGAUUCUCAUUGGACGAGCUCAGGUAUUUAACAGAUCAGCUUCAGAAAGUGAGAAUUAUAAACGAGGUCAAUAAGGAUUUUGUUGUUGAGGCGUUGAGAUCAAUAGCCGAGUUGAUAACUUACGGCGACCAACAUGACUCGAGCUUUUUUGAUUUUUUUAUGGAGAAGCAAGUCAUGGGAGAGUUCGUAAGAAUGUUGCAGAUGAGCAAAUCUAUGAUCAUUUCACUUCAGAUACUGCAGACAUUGAGCAUUAUGAUCCAGAACCUAAGAACAGAGCAUGCCAUCUACUAUAUGUUCAGUAAUGAAUAUAUUAACUUCUUGAUUACUUACAAGUUUGAUUUCCGGAAUGAAGAGCUACUGUCUUAUUACAUGUCCUUUUUAAGAGCAAUAAGUGGAAAGCUCAAUAGGAACACAAUUUCUCUCCUAGUCAAGACUCAGAAUGAGGACAUUGUUUCUUUUCCUCUAUAUGUUGAGGCCAUCCGGUAUGCUUUCCAUGAAGAGAGUAUGAUCCGCACUGCAGUACGUGCCUUGACACUUAAUGUCUACCAUGUUGGAGAUGGUCCUGUUAAUAGAUUCGUGAGCAAAGCCCCAUAUGAUGGCUACUUUUCCGAUUUAAUAUCAUUUUUCCGUAAGCAGUGCAUUGAUUUAAAUGGACUGGUCUCUGAAAUUCCACAAAAAACAGAGCCAGACAGAACAACAGCAAUUCUUGCUGCUGUUGAUGAAAUUGAGGACAACCUCUACUACUUUAGUGAUGUUAUAUCUGCUGGCAUUCCUGAUGUUGGGAGGUUGAUAACUGACAACAUUUUGCAACUUUUGAUACUUCCUUUGCUUCUUCCGUCUUUGCGGUUAGAUGCUCUUAAGGAAUCCCCUAUUGGUCCUGUCACUUCUCUGUAUUUGCUCUGUUGCAUCUUGCGCAUUGUCAAAAUCAAAGAUUUGGCAAAUGCCAUUGCGGCUGCUCUUUUUUGUCCGCUGGAGGCUUUUCUACCAUAUGCAGAACCUAAAGUCAAUGGUCAUGUGACUAAUGGAAAUUGCCACGAGAGCCACCACCAGUUGGAAAACAAUAAUGCUGCAGUUGAUGAACAACUAGGAGUAACCACGGAGUUGUCAACUUCACAUAUUUAUCCUGAAGACGUUACAAAGCAAGCCAGUAGCACUAGGUCACUGCAUGGUCUCAGGGACAUUCUGCUGUCUUAUGUUGUAAGCGGAAACAGCCAACUGGUUAUGGGUUCAUUGAAUGUGCUCGCUACAUUGUUACAAACGAAAGAACUGGAUGAAGCAAUGCUUGAUGCUCUUGGCAUUCUACCCCAGCGAAAGCAACAUAAGAAACUCUUGUUGCAAGCAUUGGUUGGUGAAGGUUUAGGUGAAGAGCAACUUUUCUCACCGGAGAGCUGCUCUACCAAAGAUGGGAUUAGCAAUGAGAUUGGUGGCUACCUGCAAAGGCUUAAGGAAGACUACGGAGUAGCAUGCUCUUCCUCGGAAUUUGGGAAAAGCUCUCGCACACAUAGAUUUCAGGUUCUGGAUGCAUUGGUGAGUCUUUUCUGCCGGCCAGGUGUUCCUGCUGAAAUACUAUGGGAUGGUGGUUGGCUUUUGCGUCAACUACUUCCUUACAGUGAGGCGGAAUUCAACAGUCAGCAUCUUAAAUUGCUGAAAGAUUCAUUCAGGGAUUGUUGUAAUGCUCUUGUGAAAGAGACGAGGGGUACCUGGCCAGAUCUACUUGUAACAGUAUUGAGUGACGAAUGGAAAAAAUGCAAGAGAGCAAUUGAAGCUUCAUCCCCCAGGAAGGAGCCAAAGUGCAUUCUGUUGCCUCUUCAGAAAUCAUCUUCAGAUGAUGUUCAUAAUGACUCGUCAGUCUCCUACGGAGAAAAAAUGUGUGAACGAGUGAAGGUGUUUGUGCUUCUUCAUCAACUUCAAAUUUUCUGCCUUGGUAGGGCUUUGCCUGAGCAGCCUCCCUUUUAUCCUCCAGCCGAUACACCUGGAGCUUCUCGUGCGAGGACCGCUGGCAUUGAUAGUUCCAUCCCCAAACCGGGAACCGAGUUACGACUUGUUGAUACAGUGCCUUGUAGGAUCGCAUUUGAAAGGGGUAAAGAACGCCAUUUCUCCUUUCUGGCGAUAUCUAUUGGCACAUCUGGGUGGAUUCUCCUCUUGGAAGAGUUCCCUCAAAAGCAGCAGUAUGGAGUUGUGCGCGUUACAGCUCCUUUGGCGGGUUCGAGUCCAAGAAUCGACGAGAAGCACCCCAAAUGGUUACACCUGCGAAUACGUCCAUCCACUUUACCCUUUGUUGAUUCCGGCAGAUCUGCUGCCCUUGGUACUCCCAGAAAGGCAAAGCCAAAAACUUUGGUCGAUGGCAGAUGGACCUUAGCAUUCCGGGAUGAAGAAUCCUGCAAGUAUGCUCUGUCGAUGCUUCUCGAGGAGAUUGACUUGCAAAGCAACGAGGUCGAGAGAAGACUACGACCAAUGCUCAACCUCGAUGAACCACCACCAACAGAGACUCCUUUCGACCCCCCUUCAGCCUCUUCAUCUACUGUCACAUCCACGAGCUCAACAACAUAAAGUUCCAGAAUUUGGUAGCGCCUGUUCUUACUGUACAUCUUCGUUCGUAUUAAAGAAGCAGCGGAAAUACGAGUUGAGCACUGUAGAUUGUAGAACCCCCUCAUCCACCAACUUAGAGAGCCAGCAAAAUUCUUUGUAUAUUAGCUUCCUUCUGUUUCGUGGCCGUUUCUACUCGCUUACAUGCCUUUUCUUUGCUAACUUAUCCUUUUGCUUUUAUGCCCUCCUUUUUUUUUUGUAACUCUAUGUAACAUUAGUGUAUAUUUUUAGGCAGUGUAAUAGUUGAAAGGUAUUGUAUGUUGAGAUUCGUACUUAGUGUAACAUUGACUUCUCUUUUCAUUAUUGGUUGUUCACAUAAUUGUAUGUCUUCGCCUUGUGUUAUCAGCAAAACUAUAAUGGUUAAACGGGUAAAUUAUACUCUCUUGAAUCACUACUCACUACCAAAGCAAGACCUUCCAUUCUGAAUCCACCAACUAGGGUUCGAACCUAGGACUAUUCAGUUGAGAGUCGAUCGUCAUACCCUAUUGAGGAAGACUUGGAGAUCAGAUCUAUAGAGGUUCUGUGUACUGUACGAGUUGCGACAUGUCCAAGUCCACGUUAAGAAGAAAAACUAUCGCCUAUCAACCAACGAAGUGAGUAGAAAACAUUCAACAAGCAAGCCCUAAUUAUGACACAUAAAAGAGCCAUUUCUCUCGAGCAUUCCUUGUGAUAGUGAUUUCAUCUUUGAACCAUAAUUGCUGGUUUAUGAGAUCGUCAUUGCUACAUCAGUCAGUGAGGUGUGUGACAAGGUUGAGAGCCUCCUGUAUUCAUACCCAAUUUAAGCUGAACCAUAUGCAUUUCUUGAAGUGCCCUGACUUGCUGCUCAAGACGAAAUUCUGACCGUCGUUAAAUUGGAAGGCCCCAUUUUCUUUAUCCUUCCCUGGGCUCCUCUGGAGAUGAAGCUUUAACUACUGCUAGCAUAAGAGAUUUAAAAAACACACAUUGUAUCGCUCCGCGACAUAUCAUCUAUAACACAUUGUUUUCCCAUUGGUUCAAUACUGUUACAAGUGGAUCCGUCCAGGAACCAAUGGCCUCCUCUACAAGAGGAUGACUGCAAUCCAUGUAGUGAAAAGUGCCUUCGAUGUGUCACAUAACUCACGGAGGAAAUGUAUGAUCUAGCUUAUAAUCCAUACCAAAUCAGCAUUCUGAUAGAUCAAUGUACCCUCAUAGCGACUAACUUUCUUUACAGCAUUCCAUGACACCAUGAUGACAUAAAACGAAGAGAGUCCAAACUCUUGUAGGGAAAGUACUCAUAAACCAACAUCUGCUCUUGUUCCUCAAUGCAGCAACCAUGAAGCUUCACAAGGUUCCUGUGCUGCAAUUUGUCACUCACUUUUAAAUUAUUCUAGCCCCUCAGCAAGAGAUUCUGAUUGUCAUUAAGUUGGAUAGCCUUCUUUGAUCCUUACUCCAGAGGAGAGAGAUUAAAUUGUCUUGGUAAUGCCAUUCUUGAUGCUAAUGUGGUCUCAAUCCUUCGGACAACGUACUUGAUUAAAGUUCGAGUUUGAGU